AUGACUUCUCCUACAACAGAAGAUCUUCUUGCAAGGAUAGCAACACUAGAACUAGAGAAUUCCCGUCUUAGAAAGGACAAACCACAACCCGACUUACCAAAGCCCGACCCAUCCUCGCCCACAACUACACUCAGUUUAGAUGAGUACAAACGAUAUGGAAGACAGAUGAUUGUUCCACAAUUUGGCUCUCUUCCCUCACAACUCCGCCUUAAACAAGCUAAAAUCUUAGUUGUUGGUGCUGGUGGAUUGGGCUGCCCUGCCUUGCUCUACUUAUCCGCAGCUGGGAUCGGCACUAUUGGUAUCGUGGAUGAUGACGUAGUUGACAUUAGUAAUUUACACAGGCAAGUAUUGCAUACUUCUGAAAAUGUGGGAAUGUAUAAAUGUGAAUCAGCAAAACUAUACAUUAGUCGCCUUAAUUAUCAUGUCAACGUUGAGACUUAUCCUGUUAGGCUUACUAAUGAUAAUGCGUUCUCAAUAGUUUCCAAAUAUGAUUUGGUGUUAGAUUGCACUGAUCACCCAGCCAUCCGAUACUUGAUCAACGAUGUCUGUGUCAUUUUAAGCAAAACAAUUGUAAGUGGAUCAGGUUUGAAAUCGGAUGGACAACUUUCCGUGUUGAAUUUCCAAACUUACGGACCGUGUUAUAGAUGCUUUUACCCUCAGCCUCCAAGUCCCGAUUCUGUAACUCUGUGUUCUGAUGGUGGAGUUAUAGGACCAGCUAUUGGACUCGUGGGUACAAGCAUGGCCGUGGAGACCAUUAAGGUCCUUACGGGGUAUUACACCCGGGAAAAUUUCAAACCUUUUCUUUCAGUAUAUUCAGGAUAUCCUUUCCAACAAUUCCGAAUGUUUAAAAUGAGAGGCAAGCAAAAAAGUUGUGAGGUAUGUGGGGAGAAACCUAGUGUAACUAGAGACAAGAUUGAACUGAACGAACUUAAUUACGGUGUAUUCUGUGGCAGAGUCACUUUCCCACCUUUAGACAAGCAAUAUAGAAUACUUCCCCUGGAGUACCAUGACUUUGUGCAAAAUAAAAAACAUUUGUUGAUUGACGUAAGACCAAAGGAACAAUUUGCAAUCACAAGUUUGCCAAACUCGAUAAACAUAGAAUGGGAUCCAAUAUUCAGAAAAGCAGAUUCGUUAACUGAAUAUCUUCCAGAAGGAACUUCAAAAGACGAUCCAAUAAUUGUAGUUUGUCGAUUUGGGAAUGACUCACAAUUAGCAGCGCAAAAGCUUAUCAACAUGAACUAUUCUAAUGUCAAGGAUAUAAUUGGAGGUUUGUACAAGUGGAGUGAUGAUGUUGAUGACUCCAUUCCCAAAUAUUAG